AUGUUAUCUGGGUUAAUGAACCUUUUGAGGGCCUGUUUUCGGCCAAAGGCAGAUCGAUAUGUUCACAAGGGUUCAGACGCCAGUGGCCGUCAAGAUGGGCUUCUUUGGUAUAAGGACACAGGGCACCAUUCUAAUGGAGAGUAUUCAAUGGCUGUAGUUCAAGCUAAUAAUUUACUUGAGGAUCAGAGCCAACUUGAAUCUGGUUGUUUGAGCUCUCAUGAUUCUGGGCCAUAUGGUACUUUUGUGGGGAUUUACGAUGGACACGGCGGUCCCGAGACUUCUCGGUUCAUCAACGAGCACCUCUUUCGACAUCUCAAGAGUUUCACUUCAGAGCAUCAAUCUAUGUCAGUGGAGGUGAUACGGAAGGCAUUUCAAGCAACGGAAGAUGGUUUUUUCUCACUUGUCAGCAGACAAUGGUCCACGAAACCACAGAUAGCAGCAGUUGGUUCGUGCUGCCUUGUUGGAGUCAUUUGUGGCGGAACUCUAUAUAUUGCCAACCUUGGUGAUUCUCGUGCUGUUUUGGGAAGACUAGUCAAGUCAACCGAGGAAGUAGUGUCCAUUCGGCUCUCGGCCGAGCACAAUGCAAGUAUUGAGUCUGUGAGACAGGAGCUGCAUUCACUGCACCCUGAUGACUCUCAAAUUGUAGUACUCAAGCAUAAUGUGUGGCGUGUUAAGGGCCUAAUACAGAUUUCAAGAUCCAUUGCAUUGCAAGAAGCGGCAAAGAAGAGAGAGAUGAGGUACUCAGACUUGAAGAAAAUAGAUCGAGGAGUUCGUCGUCAUUUUCAUGAUGACAUCACGGUUAUCGUGGUGUUUCUCGACUCACAUCUUGUGAGCAGGGCUAGUACAAUCCGGAGUCCUAAUGUAUCGGUGAAAGGGGGUGGUAUCAAUCUUCCCCACAAUACCCUUGCGCCUGAAGCUGGAGGCAAUCACUUAAUUGGAGUGUUUCCUGAUGAACUGAUACUUUUGAGAAACUUGAGUUCAUUGAGUCUUAAUGGAAACAAGCUUUCUGGACCUAUUCCAGUGAGCAUUGGGAAUUUAAAGCAACUUGCAGUUUUCAAUCUGAGGGAGUUGCCAUCCGAUCUUUUGGGUUUGCCUAAUCUGAAAGUGAUUGCAUUGCAGGAAAACAUGUUUUUGGGUGUAGUUCCUGAAGAGUUGGGGAAUUGUUUAGCUUUAGAAGUUAUAGACCUUUGCUCAAGUUCUUUGAGUGGGCAAGUUCCUGUUUUCCUUUCAUAUGUUUCACAUUUGAGUGUUCUUGAUUUGGGAUUGAACAAUUUGACUGGUCGAAUCCCCUAUGAACUAUCAAAUUAA